AAGUUCUGGMRGACCCYCAGCAAUGUAAAGAAGGGCAUAUUUUCUGUAAAAAGUGUAUAAAAGCAUGGUUGAAUCACAAAUGCAGAUGCCCCAUGGAUAACACAGYACUAARAKUCGAAAGUCUUAUGCCGAGCGUGUUUGCUAAAAACAURAUACAAAACCUUAAAGUCUUUUGUCAYCMACCAGGUAAUGAUGCACAAGUGGCAGAUACUGCAGAGAAAUGUAAUUGGUCCGGGAAGCUAUUGGCACUAGCGGACCACAGAAAAACUUGUCCUUUCCAACAAAUACAGUGUUCUAAUGUGAACUGCAACACCAACAUGCAGAGAAGAGAACUGGAGGAUCAUGAUAAGAUAUGCAAAUAUAAAGAGCUGGAAUGUGAGAAAUGUAUACAAGUUAUGCUCCGACAUAUGCUCAUACUGCACAAAAACAAUGACUGUCCUGAAGAGAUGGUGCCAUGUCCCAACAGCUGUAGAAGUCCAGAAACCGGACAAAUCAACAAGAUUAAAAGAUAUGAAACGCUCAAUUUUGAUUUCGAUGCUUUCGAUGAUUGACCUAGACUGGCAUAUGGAAAAUGAGUGUGCCAAGACAAUACUGGAUUGUCCAUUCAAGGAUCAGGGAUGUUCAACACAAAUUGAACGACAACAUGUCGAUAAACACGUACAAGACAACAUGGCUGAACACAUGUUGUUACUGGCUAAAAAAUUUUCAUUGCUCACUAAAGAUAACAAACAACUGAGGCAGGAAUUAAACCAWCUUAAGGUUUCCUCCGGUGACUAUGGUGUUGUUGCUACCGCUCUCUACGAUUACCAAGCAAUUGAAGAAAACGAUAUCACAUUCGACCCCGGUGACAUCAUCACGAACAUCGAAGUGAUUGAUGAGGGAUGGUGGAGUGGUACAUGCAAUGGUCAAACUGGCUGGUUUCCUUCCAAUUACGUUGAGAAAUUACAAGAGUAUAUGAAACAUACCAGAAUUCCUGUAGACCUAGCAUUUGGAGCAGAUUUAGAUGAAGAGCAAGAAGAACAAAACUACAGUGACUAUACGUCAGAAUUCAAAGAUCGACUGCAACAGAGUUAUGAAGCUGCGGGUCAGACAGCAUCGAAAACAAGACAUAAACCGCAAAAGAAUUACAACAAGAAAGUCAAGAGACGAGAAUUCUGUCUAGGAGAUAGGGUGCUGAUGCUUGCCAAAGGGUUCUUAAAAGGAAGACACAAGCUCGCUGAURGAUGGAAGGGAGCAUAUAGAGUGGAAAAGAAACACAAAGACCAACCUGUAUAUGACAUCAUAUCAGAGAAGGAUGGACAGAGGUGCACAGUCCACAGGACCUUCAUUAGGCAGUGCAUGUUCUUGGAAGGAAAUAACACAGACACCGAGGAUAACAAUGGAGAGUCAACAGAGUCAGGUAUUCCAGAGAGAGAUGACAAUCGUGCAGAGAGCAAGAUGGUAGAGGAGGCGGACAGGAACAUAAGGGAAACCAAAAUGAAACAAAAUAAUGUUACAGUAAACAAAAAGCUAACGGAUGAAAGAGGAAAGGAAGAAGAAUCAAGACCAAAGAGGAAGCGCAAGCAACCAGGAUAUCUCAAAGACUUUGUGUGUCAACACCAGUAUGUACGUGGAUCUACUGCAUACCAGGACAAGUUAAAAAAAAGGUCGAGAACUUUUUCAUAAACUGCGUAAUAAUCGUAUUUCAUCUCAUAUAAGCAGAGAUGCCGAGGACGACAUAUUUCGUGAGGGGAGAGAGUGUGGCCGGGUAGCCUGUAUAUCCGGGUACCGCAAGGGACUGGGGCGGCCACGAGGGUUGUCUGCUGAGAGAGAGGUGUGAAGAGCCCCCAUGUUGUAAUAUUGUUGCUAAGCGUUUAUGUAAUAAAAGUACGUUUGUGGAAAUACCUGGGCCACAAUAAUAGUAAAAUUGCAAAGAUUCAUAGAGAUUAUUUUUGCUCUUAAACUAACGAAGACAGGCAUUUUUGAAUAAAAGCAUAUUUUUUGGGUGAAAUAAUUGUCAAGAAAUGUAUGUGAAAUACAGGAAAGAAGGCUCACCGCGCAUGGGAUGCCAAUAUCGCUGUCCAAUAUCGAAGAAAAAAGUGGAUCGCCAAGUGACUAAAAUACGAUAAUGAUGUGAUUUGGAGGAUUAUUUGUUAGGUAUAAUAAUAACAUGAAUAAUUAUAAUGAUAACAUCUCUCUCUGCAUCU